CUACCUCGUGCUAAAAUUCAUAAAAAUUAUUUUGUACAUGACAUCUUAAAAUCGGUGCAGGUUUAUAAUUAACUUUGCAUUUAUAAUUAAAUAAGUUUCAUUUUUACUCAUUUCUAAAAUGGGAACUCUUGAGAACUUUAUUUUCACAAUAAUUUUCAUAUCACUUACAUUCUCAAAUUGUUCGACCUUAAGUGACGAUAAUAUUGAAAGUACCGCAAUAAUUAAAAUUUCUAAAAGGAAUAGUUCUACACCCAAAUGUUCAGUGCCAUCUGGAAUUGAUUAUAAAAAAAUUGAAGUUUUAUGUUAUGAUAUUAAAAGAAAUCAUGAUAGUAAAUAUCAUUUGUUUGAAGAUCAAUGUUCAGCGAGUACAGAAGUAAUAUUAACGCGUUGCCAAGUUGGUUAUGCAAAUAGAAAAUCUAGAAAUAUUAAUGAUUAUUUAAACAAAUGUGUUAAUGGAAAAUGGGAGAAUGAGGAUCAUACAAAUGAUGACUGCGAAUUGAUAUGUGGUCAAAAUCUUGAAUCUAGAACAGAAAAACCACCUACUAUACCUCUAGUGUAUAAUGGCAAGAAAAUUGAAUCAAAUAAUGUACCGUGGCAUGUUGCAAUCUACAAAAAUAUUUCAUCAAAAUUUGAACAAAUAUGCGGUGGCAGUAUUGUACAUUCAAAUGUUAUUUUAUCAGCAGCACAUUGCUUUUAUGAUCCUUCAAAAGACACCCUUGAAAAUUUAUCUGAAUUUUCUGUUGCUGCUGGAAAACGUUUUCGUAAUUAUGAAAUGGAAGAACAACAUGAACAAUUUGCGCGUAUUAAGAAAGUUCAUAUUUUUGGAUAUUCGGAGCUUCGAAAUGAUAUUGCGGUUGUAACUCUUGAUCGCCGUUUGCAGUAUUCACCUUAUGUUGAACCAGUUUGCAUAAAUUGGAGUCUGUAUACAGAAUUUCCUUCAAAUUAUGAAAAUAUCUUAGGCCAUCUUUAUGGUUGGGGUGCAACAUCUGAUGAUAUGGAUCUACCCUUAGAAUUGCUCAAAAUAGAAUUGGAACCAAUACCAAAUGAUAUAUGUAAAAAAAUGGCUCCAAAUUUUCAAAUAACAUCUGAUGUAUUUUGUGCUAUAAAUAAAGAAAAUUCAACUGCUUGUUCUGGUGAUGGAGGGGGAGGUUUAGUAAUGAAAAAUCAAGGUGAUAACAAUGUUAUAACUUUAUUUGGAAUUGUUAGUCAUACGAUUAGUAACAGAAAUUAUUGUUCUGAUGGAGCAAUAAGUAUAUUUACAGAUAUUAAAUUUUAUCAAAAUUUCGUUAAGCCUGCAAUUUCAAAAAGUAGAGAUUUAAUAAAUGAAUCUUUAAUUAAUGCUAAUAUUGUAAAAAAUUUGUGUUUCGAACUAGGUCUUACUGAAGAUAUAGAACUCAUUGACAUUCCAAAAUCAGAUAUACUUUGUUAA